CAGCAAUCAUUCAUGCCGUCUUUGCUAAAUGUUAUGACCCAACAUAAUAGCCUAUAGUGACAUUUUAGAUAACUUGAUUAUUCACACAACUUUCGUGUUUGUUUUCCAACUGUGUAUCAUUUCAUACUCCCGGUAAAGAGGUGGAGAUAUUUCGGGUGUUUUAUCGCCCUCUUUCGCUGGUUUUUAACAGCAAAUCGUUCAAUAUGGCGGCCCACAGGAUAGCAUGUUUAGGUUUAAACGCUCUUUAUACCACUGUCUCUGUCCAAAAGCAGGUCCUGAGGAGCUGCUGGGUGGCUGUGGAGCAGGUGAGGGGUUACUAUGUUGACUGGAGGAUGGUGAGGGACGUUAAGAGAAGGCAGAUGGCCUUUGACUAUGCUGAUGAGAGGCUACGGAUCAAUGCACUGAGGAAGAACACCAUCCUACCCAAGGAGCUUCAGGAGGUGGCAGAUAAAGAGAUUGCAGCACUACCCAGAGACAGCUGCCCUGUGAGAAUACGCAACAGGUGUGUGAUGACUUCGAGACCUCGGGGAGUGAAGAGGAGGUGGCGACUGAGCCGGAUUGUGUUCCGUCACUUAGCUGAUCACAACCAGAUGUCUGGGAUUCUGAGGGCCAGGUGGUGACUGGGGAUCCAAUGGACACUACAGUCACAAUGGAUUAUGAAAAAGAGGCUGUUUCAGUGGUUAUGAUCACAUGAGCAGUACAUCAAUAUUCAGUGCAGGCUUGUUUUGGCCUUUUAGUGUCUGAAGUCUUUAGAAGUAUUGACUAUAAUAAAACAUGUCCACCAGUACCCGUAAAAGCCUGGAGGGUGUUAAUGGUAAAAGCGAAUCCAUUGAGAUUACUGCAGCCUGUUUUCAAUGUUUUGUAUAUGCUGAAGAGGACAUGAAUAUAUUAUUUCUGUAGAUGAUGUUUGCCAUGAUCGGUAAGUUAAUUCUGUUUCUUAUGACUCUUAAAUAUGAAAAACGUUUAAAUGUGUAGUAUUUAAAGAGAAAGUGAUAAUGCUACUUCUCAGUGGUGCAAAUGUCCAAGUAAGUUAGUGGACUAAGAAAGGGUUGAAUAAAUAUUAUACAUUUCUAACCUCUUUUGCUUAUUGUAGAUUGUUGAAGUUGAUACAGAGACUAGGAAUGUUUUAUAGCAUUUUUAGUAUGAUUUUGGAGAAGAAACUCAUAUUCACUUUCACCAUCAAUAAGGCAAAUAAAUUACCUUUUAAAAGA